GCGCCCCCGCCCGGCUCUCCAGGUUCACUCUCGGUCUCUCACUCCGUGAGACACAGACGGCAGCUUUCCGAGCGAGCGGGGGACAGGCUGAGGCGGCGCCAGCACAACUGCGCCGCUCGCCCCGAGAGGACCUGGGCGCCGGGAGUGAAGGCAAAGCCCGGAGUCUCAUCCCCUCUCUCCCCGGGCUCUACUGAGCCGACCGGCAGCUCGGCGGCCGCGCACGGCCCCCUUUGCGGCCACUUCGCGGGGUGUGCCAGGACUUGGGGAGCGGCUCGGGAAGAGCCGGGGCGGGAGAAGGCGGCGGCGGAGAAAGGGGGCGCGCACCAGGACGGGAGAGGAGUGAGUGGCGGGCUGGGCGGCGGCGGCGGCCGUAGCUGCGGGUACCUCCCGGCCUCGCCGCCUCGCAGGCAGCACCGCCUCCCGGGCCGCGGCCGCCCGGCCGGGUCCUCUGCGCGUUCCCGGGCCCCGAGCCGGCGCACGAUGCGCCCGGCUGGGUUCUGAUCACCGCCGCGCCGCCGCCUCCGCCGCGAUGAUCCCCCCCGAGCCGCCGCAGCAGCAGCUGCAGCCGCCGCCGCCGGCCCCGCCGAACCAUGUGGUGACCACCAUCGAGAACCUGCCGGCCGAGGGCAGCGGCGGCGGCGGCAGCCUGUCCGCCUCCUCCCGGGCUGGCGUACGCCAGAGGAUCCGCAAAGUGCUGAACAGGGAGAUGUUAAUCUCUGUGGCUCUGGGCCAGGUGUUAUCCCUUCUUAUUUGUGGAAUUGGCUUGACCAGCAAGUACCUGUCAGAAGAUUUCCAUGCCAAUACACCAGUCUUCCAGAGUUUCCUCAAUUACAUCCUUCUCUUCUUGGUCUAUACCACCACACUAGCUGUCAGACAAGGAGAAGAAAACCUCCUGGCAAUUUUACGACGAAGAUGGUGGAAAUAUAUGAUCCUGGGACUCAUCGACCUGGAAGCAAAUUAUCUGGUGGUCAAGGCUUACCAGUACACGACUCUGACCAGUAUUCAGCUCUUGGACUGCUUUGUGAUCCCGGUGGUGAUUUUGCUCUCCUGGUUCUUCCUGCUGAUUCGGUACAAGGCUGUGCAUUUCCUCGGCAUCGUGGUCUGCAUCCUGGGAAUGGGCUGCAUGGCAGGAGCGGAUGUCCUCGUGGGAAGGCAUCAGGGAGCAGGGGAAAAUAAGCUGGUAGGGGACCUUCUGGUCUUAGGAGGAGCCACGUUAUACGGUAUUUCCAACGUCUGGGAAGAAUACAUCAUCCGAACCCUGAGUCGAGUGGAAUUUCUGGGGAUGAUUGGACUCUUUGGGGCUUUUUUCAGCGGAAUUCAAUUAGCCAUAAUGGAGCACAAGGAGCUGUUAAAGGUGCCCUGGGAUUGGCAAAUAGGACUGCUCUACGUCGGCUUUAGCGCCUGCAUGUUUGGCCUCUACAGCUUCAUGCCAGUCGUCAUAAAGAAGACCAGUGCCACUUCGGUCAACCUCUCCCUGCUCACAGCAGAUUUGUACAGCCUGUUCUGCGGACUGUUUCUCUUCCACUACAAGUUUUCAGGGCUUUAUCUCCUGUCUUUCUUCACCAUCCUCAUCGGGCUGGUGCUCUACUCCUCCACCUCCACAUACAUAGCCCAGGACCCCCGAGUGUACAAGCAGUUCCGCAAUCCUUCGGGCCCCGUCGUGGACUUACCGGCCACAGGUCAGGUGGAGCCCUCGGUCACCUACACCAGCCUGGGCCAGGAGACCGAAGAGGAGCCCCACGUGCGUGUGGCCUAGGACAAGGCCCCCCCUGCCCACUGAAGUCACCUCCGUGGCCACGUUGUUCGCCCUUCAUCUCUGUAUUGUACAUAGAGAAAGGUAUUUAUUAGGUGUGUGUACACAGGUGGACUGCAAGGUAGCAAACCUGAAAGCCUGUGAGAGGCACAAGCUAACCAUCCCUGGAGACACGGGCUCCAACCCACCUGACUUAGCAAGACGCCUAGCUAGUGUGUAUCCUGAUCGCGACCCUCCUGCAUUAAUUACUGUGAAAACUUUUGAAUUAAAAGCAAGUAUUGUUAUUAUUUGUAUUAUUAUUGUUACUGUUAUUACACUAACUUUCAGGAGGUUGUUUUGUACUCCUGACAAGAACUAUCGCCAGACCCACGUGUAGUUAACAAAAGUACCCCUUUUCUAUGGCAAGUCACUUUUUAAGAAUCAUACUUUAUUUUUUUGCACAGUCUAUAUGAGCGCUGCGUGCCACAGGAGCUCCACCCCUGAGAAGUUUCCUUAGCCUAGGGACCCGGUGGCUGAUGGUUUCCUCUGUUACCUGUUGGAUUGCCUGCUUGAUAAGAAUUUUGUGCUGGGACCCUUGUGGGGAGGGGCAACUGACCAUAUAAUUCUCUAUUCUAGGAAUAGAUAUAAAACACUUGAGCCUUUUUAUAUUUCCAUCUCUGAUUACUCUGGGCCAUUGCCUUUUUGUUGUACCACAUAAUUCUGCUAACGAAGUCCCUGUAAUAAUAGGAUAAGGAAUGCUCCAUUUCUGAGGCUCAUAGAAAACCCCAGAAAUAAUAAUAUCAUGUGCAUUUAGAGUUAUAUAUAUAUAUAUAUAUAUAUAUAUAUAUAUAUAUAUAUAAAAUCUUUCUGCCCCUCCCUAUACCCUCUCUUCCAAAAAUGUAUUUGAUUUUACCUUUAAUUCCUAGACUUCUUUAGUGACACUAUGGAAAUUAUUCAAGUCAUUGGAAGAAGCCAUGGCCCCUGCUCUCUUAAAUUGUGUGACACCCUUUUUAAGCUCCACCAGCAUGGACAUCACCCUCAUUGUGGGGUUUCAUCGGUUGCGUGGCCUCCCAACAAAGUCAAGGUGCUGAUGUGGAGCAGUCUGUGACAAUGGCUGGAUUGAUCUGACCACUGGUAGUGAAAAAGAUGGCGUGGAUGAAAAGCAUGGCCUCCUGGUCGUAUUCGGCAUCCCUUCAACCGCAGAAUAUAUCAACGCCAUAUUCUUAGGGAUACAGAGAACAUCACAGGAUCCUGAUAAGGCUUUGAGGGAUAUCUUACUAGUGUGUUGCCCUUAAAGUAACUAUUUUUUUCAAACACACACACACACACAUACAAAAUCAAGAAGCACCACAGACCUCUACGAUUUGGAAUAAAUUUUAUGUGUCAGUAUGUGAAAUAGUCUUUAAGUUUGGCUGGUUUCAAUACCAUGCAAAAAAAUCCGCGAUGGAAUACAGGGAUUGUAAAG